AAUUAGAAAACAUAGAAAUUGAUGCUUUAUCCAAACUGAAACGAUUGCAAUAUUUGUAUCUGAACGAUAAUAUUAUGCAAAAAUUAUCACCCGGCAUUUUCACAGGACUGGAUAGUUUACAAUAUUUAAAUUUGUCGCACAAUCAAAUAUCAGAAUCAUUGGACAAAAGGAAUUUUACCGGAAUUGGAUCAAAUCUAAAAACUCUAGAUUUGAGUUUUAAUCGUAUUAGUUUCAUUAGAAAAAAUUGUUUUGCUGCAUUUUCUCAAUUAACUGUAUUAAAUAUAUCUCAUAAUCAAAUAUCGACACUGCCUUCAUUUUCUGCCAAUAUGUUCUUAGAUACCAUUGUUUUGUCGUACAAUAAUAUUAAUAGAAUAGACGAUGAUACUUUUCCAGUAAAAGUUUCGAUAUCGUCCAUUGAUUUAUCCAACAACAAUUUGUCAGUGCCUUCAAUUGGUUCUGUUUUAAAUAAUUUAAAAAAAAUAUCAAGUUUAAAAUUGGGCAAUAAUUACAUAAAUGAUAUAGGGAAAAUUUUAACCCAUGUUGAAGUCAACCAGUUGUCAAUCGAGAAUAAUCCAAUUGAUAGCAUAGCUGGAGGUUCAUUUUGUUCAGAACUAGUUGUAAGUCAUCUUAAUCUAAAGAUUUUGACAAAUAUUUCCUUGUGUAACACCGGAACAGUUAUCAAAGCAUCCCAUAAUAAUUUAGAACAAAUGCCUGUAUGGACGGAUAUGCAAGAGGUCAAAGUAGUCGAACUGCAGCAUAACAAAAUUUCAAAAAUUCCUCUAGGAAUUUUCAAGGAUCUCAAAUCUUUAAAUGUGUUAAGACUGGAUAGGAACAAAAUUGAAUUUUUAGACACUGGUGUGUUUUCUGGAUUGCGUGCGCUACAAAGUUUGAACUUAUCUUUCAAUGCACUAUCCCAGAUAGAUCACCAUAUAUUAUUUGGAAUGAAAAAUUUAGAAGAUCUUUAUCUUGGAGGCAAUAGGUUAACCACUUUACCGCACGAUGACAUGUUUAAUGUACUUCCUAGUUUGAAAAACUUAGGGCUAAACAGAAAUCACUGGUAUUGUUUGAAAUUGAUGAGUAUUUUAAAAUCUAUGCAUAACCAUCACAUUGAAAUUGUUCAUCAUGGAGAAGUGGAUUACCAUGUUGCAAAUUUGGGUGGAAUACGUUGUUGGCCAGAAAACAGAACCGAUAUUUUUGAAGUUAACCCUGCAAAUAGUCUAAAUGAGACAAAAGAAUCAGGCGGGGUUGUUGGUUUGUCUACAAUCAACCAAUUGACUACUUUGCCAACUACAACAAGAAAAGUUACUUCACUACCAACUACACAAAUUACGAGCAGACCAACUUCUCCAUCAACAACUACAAAAUUAGAGACGACAACUGAAUCUUUGGCACAAACUUCAACAAAUUUACCAUUACCUCAAACCACAAUAGUGCAUCCUUUGACAACUUUAAGCAACUUCAACAAACCAUCUGUGACAAUUUUUGAGACUGCAAUAAACCGAGUGAUGCAAGCUGAAAGAUUAUACCAAGAUGAAUCCAGCAAAAAGGCUGAUGACAAAUUUAGAAAAUUAGAAUCUGGAAUUUAUGAAAUGAAAAAUAUAUUUGUAAUUCUUGUAAUUCUUGUAGCAUGUGUCUUAUGUAUACAAUUUUAUAAUUUUUAUAGCAAAAACAUCAGGAAACGUUCUCAUGUAAUUUCUAUGAACACAAGUCAACAGCCUUUAACGACAGAAAUUGCAAUGUAAUUGUUUGUAAUUCUAUAUAGAAAUAUUUUAUAUAUUUAAUAAUUGUAUAUUGCAUAAUAUAAAAAUGACUAGAUAUUUGAAUAUUAGUAUUGGUUUAUGUAAAAGUACGGACCUGGGGUAUUGUACAAAUAUUUUUAGCUCAUCAUUGGUCCGAUAAGGAUUUGGCACCACCACGUGGUUUAAGUAACUAUUUUACCAAAAUAUUAAA